GAAAAUUGGUUGAGAAAAUAAGCUAGAAAUAGAAUGGCAAGUAAGAAGCAGAUUUGGAGCAGUAGUAAAUUGUUACAAAACUAGCUUUUCUUUGUCUUUCUCCAUACACAUGCAGGUUAUUUGCAAAGAAAUGCAGCACAAACAGAAAAAGUGUUAUAGCCAUUUACUGCUUUUAUUUUCUGAGUUCAUAUGCAAUCAAGUACUAAUUUAUCUUUAUCUUUAUCUAUCUAUCUCUCACUCUCUCAUUACUUCUCAUCUGUUAUCAUUCAACUCAACUCUCAUUCCAUUUCUUCAAGAUCUCAAUCAUGUCAUUGUAUAACACUCCAAAGUUCUUCAAGAUCAUCCAAAAUCAUGAACUUCAAAAUGGAGAAAUCAGGAUUCCUAAGAAAUUUGUGGAGAAAUAUUGGAAAGGAGUACCAAAUCCCAUAGUCAUUAUACUUCCCAAUGGUGCUCAACAAGAAAUAUUUUGGGCCAAACGUGAUGGUGAUAUUUGGUUCAAGAAAAAUUGGGACAAAAUUUCAAAGUUUCUAAAAUUUGGUUAUUUAGUUAUUUUUAAAUACAUUGGAGGAGCAUCUUUUAAGCUUAAGAUAUUUGGAAUCAAUUGUUUGGAAAUUGACUGUCCCAUAGAUGAAGAAGUUGUGAGUGAUGAAAGUGUUGAAGCUGAAUUUGGUACCUCAAGUGAUGAAUUUGUUGAUCAAACUGAUAUUGCUGGUACAUCUCAUAGAAGAAUAUGUGGAAGAAAUAGAGGAAGCAUGAAAAAAAGGGUUAAAAAUUGCUCAACAAGAAAAACCACUAAUGGAAUAGGUACUAGCAGAGGUGUGGCUAAUCCUAGUUUUGAACAUACACUCACAACUACUUCUGCACAUGGCUAUAUAUUAAGGAUACCAUGUGAGUUUUCAAGAAGAUUCAUGGAAGCUUAUGAAGGGAUUGCAUGGAUAAGAAGACUUGGUGAGGAUAGAACUUGGGAGGUGGAUGUGAAAUAUGAUCCUGAAGGUGAUUAUUCCAUUCUGAAUCGUGGUUGGAAACAAUUUUCCGAUCAAUAUAACUUGCAAAUCGGUGAUACUUGCGAGUUUCAGAUGACUCGAUCCAAACCACCGUCUUUUACUGUCGCUAUUAUCCGAGCAUGAGGGUAACCACAAGUUGCAAGGGUUGGCUUUUGAAGGAUUAUGAUUAGAAAGCUUGUAUUUGAAGAUACAAUUUGAAGAAGCUCCUCCAAUAUUAGAAUUAUGUGUUUUUAUAAUUUCUAGCUCUUUGUUGUGUUGUGUUGUGUUGCUUUUUAUUUUUAAUUUUCAAACUCAGAUUAUGAGUACUUAUUAUGUCUACUUGAAUAUUUGUACUUAUGUCUUUGUACCAACCUUUGAUAUUGAUUCAUAUGGAUGGAUUCUGCAUUAUUAUGUAUUUUAGAGUUCUUUGCUUGCACUUGUGUGUUUCAAUUCAACUUUGAAGGGGAGGAAUGAAUAUUGAUAUAUUUC